GCUGACCCACCCCUUUGCACUCCCAAAGCAUGCUCAUUUGAUGCUUUGAGAAGUCAUGGACCACAUCCCAACAGACGCGGCUGGUGUACUGACCUUUUUCUUUUCUUCUCUAUUGUUUAGUCUUGACAACUUUUACAGGAGCAAGUCGACAUAACCACCUCUGCCUCCUCCCCUUUCUUUCUUUCCUCUUCCUUUUGUGCUGUCUUACUUUCAUUCAGUCCUGACUCACCUGUUCCUGACCCUGGUCUUCCUUAUUUCUCUCCCUUCCUCUCCAAGCGAUGAAUUACUACCUGAUGCUCAGCAACAGUCAUGGAGAAGGUGUUCUGUCUCGGUACCAGAGCUUGCGUCUAGAGGGUCGAAUGUGUGAUGUUGUUUUGGAGGCAGAAGGUGUGGAGUUCCCUGCUCAUCGCACUUUGCUAGCCUGUUCCAGUGACUACUUCUGGUCUGUGUUUAAGGACUACAAUCUGGAAUCUGGUGCCCGCACUAUCAGUUUGCCAGCCUUGUCAUCUCUGGGACUGGAGCAGAUACUGGACUUCAUCUACACCUCAUGGAUCUCACUGUCACCCUCCACUUUGGAGGUCACACUACAGGCUGCCUGUUAUCUACAGAUCACCCAUGCUGUGGAUCUUUGCACUCAAUACAUCUCCGAAAGCAUUGCUCCUGACAACUGCUGCUUUUUUGCUAAUAUAGCAGCUCGCUAUGGCCUUUCUGAAGCAUUCGAUGACAGCAACUCUUUUAUUGGCAGUAACAUGUGCAGGAUACUUGCAUCUGAGGAAUACAAAGCUGAGCUAAUGGAGUUAAACAUUGAUUCUCUGCAAGAGGUGCUCGUAGCUGAGGAGAUGCCAGGAGUGAAGGAGAUAGAUCUUCUGCAGCUGGUUUUGGACUGGCUAGAGUGCAACCCACAAUCUGCCCUGCAAAGUAAUGCAUUGCUCAGUCGGAUCCGAUUUGGUCUGAUUCCACAUACAAAGCUGUCUCAACUUAGUGCACUUAAACCUGCUCUACGUACACCCUUCAUCCACAGCGUAGUACAGAAAGCACUUAACUACCACCUUCAGGGUCCCCUACAACCUCUACUGCAAAGUGUCCACACCAGCCUAAGAGCAACAAAGAGCAAGAUUCUUCUGGUGGGAGGAGGACCAGAGGCAAACAGACCCCAGAAUCAGAUCCUAACCUAUGAACCUUGCUGUAAGAAAUUUCAGCCACUCUCAACAUCCUUGCCAAAUAAACUACAGCACCAGGGAGUAUGCGUUGUUGGGAACUUCCUAUUUGUACUAGGUGGUGAGGUGGUGCAGGUGGAUGAGGUGAAUGAGAAAAGUGCUGCGAUGACUGUUACUGACCAGGUGUGGCGCUAUGACCCACGGUUUGAGCAGUGGGAGGAGAUGGAACCACUCUUGCAGAAGAGGGCACAGUUUGCCUGCUGUGUGGUGGAAGGUGUUAUCUUUGCUAUUGGCGGACGGGGCCAGAAGGGUGAGCCUGCUUUGUCAUCUGUAGAAAUGUACAAUAUGAGUGAAGGGUGCUGGCGCAGUGCUGUAUCCCUACCGUAUUCAGUUCAUGGGCAUGCCUGUGCUAAUAUUGGAACAGGAAUCUACAUCUCAGGUGGCAUCCAUGUCAACAGCCCAGAGAGCAGCAAAGAAGUGCUGUUUCUGAAUGCCUUUGAAGGGGAUGCCUGGCAGAGACGUUCUAACAUGUCCAUUGCCAGAUUUGGCCACCAGAUGGCAACAGUGAGGGGAAGAAUUUACACGUUUUUGGGAAUGUACGAGGCCUUCUGUGACAUUGAACGCUACAGUCCUGAGCAAGACCUGUGGACCCGUCUAAAGCCCCUACUGAAUGAUCGCUUCUGCUAUGGUUUGACCACAACAGGGGGCAGACGUGUGCUUAUGUUCGGAGGCAGGAAAUGGCAGGAAGGACAGGAGGUGUGUACAACAAAUGUGCUGGAGUACGACACAGAAUAUGAUGCCUGGAGGGAAGUGUGUAAACUACCAGGGCCCUUGUGUGGGAUUCAGUGUGCCAUAAUGACUCUUCAAGACCCUCCGGAGACCUAAAAGUCAAAUACAAACACCAUCCCACAUACACACAGACAAACAGAUGGCUGUCAUGGGGCAGAGAGAGUUGAAGGACAGGGGUUAUCUUUGUGUCAUGGAUCCAUGGAAGGUAAAGUGGCAGGGAAAACAGGAUUUCUAUUUACCCAGAUACAGAAGACUUGAACGGGGGGUAAAAUGCUGUUAAGUGUUUUAAAGCAAGCAGCAAGGAGCUCCUGAAACUAGGUCACUAUGA